GGGCCGGGGCAAGGAGGGGGCCACGGCGUGCCCCACUCUGUUUUUUACGACACGGCUUUCUGUGUAACAUAAUUAUUGUAUUUAAUUUUGUGAAAUGUUUCGGUGUUAUUUGUGAAAAAUUGGGAAGUCGGAAACGCGAAUACGAGAUGCAGGGGUUGGUGAGCGAUAAAACGUUCCACUUGAAGUGGAACAACCACCUGCAGAACUUGAGCCAGCUGUUCACAACCAUCUACUCAUCGUCUGCGCUCGCGGACGUCACGCUCUCCUGCCGGGACGGGACCCUCAAGGCACAUAAACUCGUGCUCUCAGCAUGCAGUCCAUAUUUCGAACAGAUAUUCAGGGACAACCCUUGUCAACAUCCGAUUGUGAUCCUCAAAGGGAUCCCAUUUUCAGAAAUCAACCUCCUGGUUGAAUUUAUGUACAAGGGUUCAGUGGAUGUUCAGGAAUUAGACUUGCAAUCAUUGAUGCAUACUGCAUCUGAACUAGAGAUCCGUGGGUUGGCUUAUGAAGCUCGGGAUAAUGCUGCACAGAUGUUAAAUGUGAACUUGGAGUAUCCAACAUAUACCCAGACAUCUGUGACUGCACAACAAACAUACCCACAGGCCAGAACUGAUGUUGAAAGACUAAAACAGAUUCAUAUGUAUCAACAAUCAAUGAUGCGUGCUGAAGAGAUACGAAGACGUCGCCGCGAUGACACGCCGGGCACGCACACGGCUGUUAAUAACAUAUUAGCGGCCGCUGCAAGGGAGAUGGAGGAGGCGAGGCACGCGGCCCGUGGGGGGGAAAGAGUUGUCGCCAGCAUCCAAACUGAGCACGAACAAGCGGCAGCCGCAGCGGCCGCGGCAGCGGCGGCCUCCGCCACGUCCUCAUCAGCGGAGCUCAAACGUGAGCCAGAAGACGACCGCCCCAAGAAGCGCGUCUCAAUUCUCUCCCCGGAGGACGAGAAGAUGCGGAUUAAGAAGAAACCAAUGACUGUUCGCUUCCAAGACGAUAGUAAGACUGAAGAGCGCCCCAACAAGAUCACUUCGCCGGGUCCAGCCAUUAAUGAGUCGAAAUCUGAAAUGGAGACGAAGACAGGCGGUAUCAAGGUUGUUCAAUUGGCUGUUUUACAGAAACCUUCCAAUAACGAACACGAUGACUCUGAUGAGAAAGGCAAAGGAAUGGAUGACGAUGAGGAAACAGACUCCAGUGGUUCGGUGUCCGACUCAGCCGCUAAUGACUCGCAGGAGGGACGCCCGCACGUUUGCGAUGUUUGUGAUCUCAGGUUCAGCCGCUCGUCGCACCUGUCGCGGCACAAGCUGACGCACACGGGCGAGCGGCCGUUCACGUGCGGCGGCUGCGGCCGCUCGUUCGCGCGCUCCGACAAGCUGCGCGUGCACACCAAGAUCUGCGAACGGAUUUAUUUCAAAAGAAACAUGCAUCUCGCUCAUACGUACAUGUGUCGCGAGGACCCAACUGUGGAUAUGGCAAACGAGUCGUCGGGCGGGAAACGUGAGAACAGCUCCGAGGUGAUGUCGGGGAUGGUGCGGACGACCCACCGGGAGUCCGGCCACCUGGUGUUCACUCCCAGCGGAGACGUGAUGCUCCCGCCGCGCUCCUCCACCAACGCGGUGGUGCUGAACUCCACGCUGGAGCCAGUCAGGAAUGAGAUCCACCCGGGGGACCUGGUGGACCCCCCGAGGAGAGGCCGGGGGCGACCCAGGAAGACCCCGCUGCCUCUCACGCCGAAGAUCAAGAAGAAGAGGGGCCGGCCUCCUAAAACUUCGCUAGAUAUGGAGGGGUGCGUGCUGACGAGUGGGUCGGUGAUGGGCCCCAGCCCGCAGCACAUGUCGCACAUGUCGGCUGGCCAGCAACAACUGCUGCUGAAGCGCAAGCGCGGCCGCCCGCCAAAGAACUACCUGCUGCCCAGACCCGGUAUGGAUAUACCGAUGCAGUACGGACUAGCCGCCGAAUUGAACAACAUUUAUGGACGACCCAACGAGAACUACAAUGCAACAAACCUACCCUUCGGAGAUUUCUCGUACCUCACGGAAAUGAUAUACAACCCACUGGCGUUCGGAUACGGCGUGACGAGCGUGGACCCGGAUCGUAAUGUCGACGCCGAUCAAGGUAUGAACGCGGAGUCGUCCCACGACCGGACCAUUGACGUCUCAGAUUCCUCCACUGACGAUGACGACUCACGAGUAGAGCCAGAAGAGAACGUGCCGCCCGUUGCCAUGGAAACGCAGAUCAUGACUGUCGGCGACUGUCAGAUUGUGAAGCUACCACCGAACAAUGAAGACAAGGAGGAGAAAAUGGAGCAGGUAGCGGAAACGAACUCGGUGCCCGCCUCGACGCCCAGCUCGGUCACCAUCACGCCUAUAACUACAGUCGGGGACUGCACCAUAAGACCGGUGGAGAACACAUAAUAUGGCCUAUACAUCGUCUAUCCUUUGUCAAGGGAACGCAAUUGAGUAUUCCAUGCUUCCGAGGUGAGCAUCGUUCGAUGACUGUUUUUUUUUUUUUAUUUUGUAACGGUAUAUUAAACAUAUUUUAGUAUUACAAUUACCAUGGAAAAUACUGUACGAUCAGCAACAAAAGCUGGACACGUUUCACCAAUUUCGGGCCUUAUUGCAGCGUAGGGUUUAUAAGUGUUCAAUGAAUUUUCUGUCUGUACCUGGCAUGCAAAAGUGUACAUACUCUUGUAAGUGCAAAAUGGCAGUUUAUUAGUCUAAUUUUAGACAGCUGCUGGAAUUUUGGCAGCGUUUUUUUUUUUCAUAAAAAUGAUAGUAAUGUAUUGCGUUCUCCUAAAUGGAGGGUAGAUAUAAUAUGUAGUAAUAAAAGUAUUAUUGUGGUAGCAUUCACGUGAUAUUUGCGUGUGAUUGUUCAUCACUACAUUGCUCGCAAGUAUUUAAUUUUAUUUAUACUAUAAACGUACCGUAUAACAGAAAGAGUAUUAAGUAAUGAUAUUAAUAAACUGAACUCUUGUAAGGAAAAAAUGCAUGAAAUAUAAAAUUGUAUAUUGCAUGAGCGCUUUUAUAUGAAGAGCCAAUUUUUUAUUCGACUCUUCUCCUUAUGAAAAGUUCAGUUUAAUAAAAUCUAAACUCUGUACUCUUUCUGUUAUAUUUUAUAUAAAUUUUAUUAUUAAACUCAUGCCUUGUAGAUAGGCAUUGAAAUAACUGUUUCCUAUAAAUCGAUUCUUCAAAGUGCUGUUGUAUUGCCGCGGCAAUAUCGACAUUUUAUACAUAGAGUAAUGUUAAUCACGUCGAAUAUAUUAAUUUUAACUGCAUUGGAAUGUCUGUAAAUAAGGCUUUCCGCGCAAUUAUGACUUAUAGUGUCUUAAAUGUAAUAUUUAAUAAGAAUUAAGAUUGUGUAAUGCUACUACAAUGAGUGAAAACUUCGCUUUAACAUUUGAGAAUAAUUCAAGUGACUGUCGAGAUGUGCAUUUAAUUGGUGGUGAUUAAUUUAUUCGAGAACGUACCAUAAUGCCAUAAGCUUUACUUUAUUCAACAGUGAUACUCAAUUUAAUCGACUAUAGUGGCAGUACGAUUUACACCGAAGGCGUGUCGCGACGCCGUCCGGUGUAAAUCGUACUCGACAUAACAAAUCGAUUCGUCACAACUUAGAACGAUGUUUUACAUGAAUGUAAACCAUAGUUAUACAAAUAUAUAUUUUAGAAGAAUAAAUAAUUUUAUAGUCGUAAUAAGGGAUACAUUACAAAUCAGUGUGCAUUGCAAAUUGCAUUUAUACAAUGCAUUCUGUGGAAGACUGCUUAAUGGUACGCGAAAUAAUUUUUAUUUAAUAAAAAAAAAAAUAAUAUAGUAUUAUAUAUUUCAAGUGGACGCAUUUCACGUGACUUCGCUGUAUGUUACAUGCACUUCAUGUAGAACAUCGUGUUAUGUAAAUGAUUACUUAUAGAUGUGUAAUAUUUUGCGAAAAUCUACAUAGAGGCAGCAUAUUUACGACAAUGUUAUUACAGUGAAACUAAUAAUAGAUACGCAGUGUUUUAUAUUAAUGUGUGCACUCGGAGGGUUGCCUCCAGUGUCGGCACGCAGGCGUGUACGCUCGCCGUUCGGUUUCUCUCUCCACAAUCUUGGAUCUGAUAUUUUAGUAGCGGGAGACGUGUACUGAACCCGUCGAGGUGUAUUGUCUUGUUACGCGUCGUCUCACCGGCUGUCUAUUUAAUUUGUAAGUCUCGAUUAUAAUUUAUAGUAUGUACGAUGAGUCGUGUAGUGAGCGCACGCUGUUUCUCGCCUUUCUAUGUUCUUAUCUGUAUCAUUCUCUGUGAAUACUAGAUAGUAGAAAGUAGUGUCUUAGAUAAAACUUAAUAUUCUAAAUAUUAAAACUCGGCAACACCACACUAACAAGUGAUACGAUGUAAGCUACUUAUUUUAGCAGAAACAUAUUGUAUGAACAUAAUGUGUAUUAACAUAUAUAUUUCUUUAAUCGUUUUGCCUGUAAAAGCAAUGAUUAACGUAUCGUAGUACUUAUAUAAUAUAAUAAUUAUAUAUUAUAAUAAUAUGAUGCAAUAUAAUAUAAACCCCACGGUCAGACAGCUAGUAGCCAUUCGAGGAGGCUGUGAAACAGCCAAGUUGGCAGGUUCUCUUAUAUUUUUAUAGAUCCAAAACCCCCCGUUAGUUCCUCGCUCGAUGUAUUGACAGAACUUUGUCGGACGUGAACUCGCGCAAUGUAUUCCGCUUUUGGGAUAUCGACGCCUGGAAAGUAUUAACAGUCUUGACAUAAUUUCUUUAUAUAAUCUGUACAGUAGAAUAGUUCCUAACUUGUAAUCGAUACAAAAUUAUAAUCCUACAAAUACUAGAGUAGAGGAGGCGUAAUUUAAUUUUCUUUUAAUAGUUUAGCGUUAAGUUUUUAAUUUUACAUACGAUCAAAUUAUGUUUAGUGGUUCACUAUUAGUUGGUAUGAUUUCGAAUCGUUUUAAAAUAAUUUACGUUCACGGAUAUUUUCGUGUUUUAAUAGAAGACUGCUCGGAUCCGUUUUCUAUUACGUGCGAUUUGAUUUUUUUUUUCGUGUUUUUGUAUGUCUGGUGUGAGCCCUGUAGAGGCAAUAGAAGUUACGAGUCUCAGACGGCAAGCUAAGCUUAUUGAGAAAUUAAUUUAAUAUAGGAAUCUGUAUUUUUAUAAUGGAAAUAUUACACGAUCAGUUACUCCCUAUAUCGUAGUCGUAUUUAUACAAUCUGGCAUAGUGUUAGACGUCUGAACUUAGUUGUGUUAUAAGCCUUAUUGGCUCUAUGUUGACGUUAAGUUUAUAUACCCUUAGUUUCUCGAUCCACGAGGCAAAAUUCCACAUAUAUUUUGGUUCUCAAACUACACCUUGCCUUGUCGGUAAACGGCAAACGAGGCUACAAUAGAUCCUUAGCAUCGCUAGUGUUCUAUCUGUGAAACUAAAAAGCUUUGCUCAAAGAAACAUGAAACAAACAUUGGAGUUGAAUAGUAUAUAGUAAUAAAUAUAUAUUUUUUUAUUUAUAAGUGAAUGGUGAAAUGGUAGCCCCGCCUGCGUUAUCGGUAUACGCUGGCAGGCUGCCAGUGAAGGGUGACAGGUGAGGAUGAAGACAGGUCAGUUGGCCCGUAGUGAUCAAUUGAACAAGAAUUAACCACUAUGGUUUCCAAGGGGAACCGCGUGGAGGUCGAUCUGAUAGGGUAUAUUGCUAGCAAUGGGGUUGUUAAAUCUCAUUAUUACCAAUCCCUUUCCCCCCAAUAAAUAUAUAUAUAUUUUUUUAAAUGGGUGAUAAUGAAAUGGUAACCCCACCCGCGCUAUUGGUAUACACUGGCGGGGCACCAGUGAGGGAUGAUAGAUGAGGAUGAAGCAGGUCAGUUAGCCCAUCGUGACGAAUUCAACGAGAAUUGUUCACGAUGGUUUCCAGGGGGAACCAUUAGGAGGUCGACCUGAUAUUGCUAGCAAUGUCGAACUCCAUUGCUAACAAUCCCUUUCCCCCCAAUAAAUAUAUAUUGUACUUCAAUAUCUAUACAGGCGUGAAAGAUAUGUAUGUAAUAUAUGUAUAUUGGCCCAAUAACGGAUAUAAUAAAUAUUGGUUAGCCAAUAGAUAAUAUUUAAAUAAAGAACACAAUCGAAAUUAAUCGAUAUCCGACUGGUAAUUGGGCGAUAUCGAAAUGAGUAAUGAUCUUGUUUUUUCGCCAUCAAUAUCCAGAAGAUCCUAAUAUCUAAAUAUCGGGACGGUGCCAAUAUUACUCAUGUCCACCACCCAUACUAAUAAUAUGUAUCCAUCUGUCAGAUUAGUAUGGAAAAAUAGUUUUUAUUGCUGUUUUUCGACUUAAGUUUCCAGGUAAAAAUGUUUAGUGUUAUUAAUAGAAGAACGCUCGCUCAAAAGGAUGCUAACGAUUUAAAUUUCACCUUAUAUUUUUAAAUACGUUCACCGCAUGCAUUAGAAAGAAAAAGACGUCGACGACAUUACUGUCUUGUUCUAUCACAUGCAUGUGGUAGCGUAAAUGUAUCUGAAAAUAGAUUAGUUUGCUAUAUAAAUACACUAUCGGGACUUAGAGCGAUAAAAAAUUUUGCAGGUAUAACAUACCUGCUUCUUUAUUGCCGACGUUUAGACGUGGAUUGCACCACGUCGUGAUCACGACAGGACGAGUGAAUAGUAUAUGUGUAAACAACGCCAAAGUUUAAAAUUAACUAAUAUGCCAUAAUUGGAAAUUUUUAGCAAUUUAUUACUUUCUCAGUGAGCCAAUUUAAUAAUAUCAUUUAUUAAUAAGACUACAGUUUUACUUUUCUAUAUAAAUAGGUAAAAUAAAAAAAGACAAGGUGUAGAUUUUUUUUUUAUUCCUUUGUGAUUAGGAAAGAAUGACUUCUUAUAGCCUGGGUCAUUUAUGAGGCACAGUUUCUUUAAAUCUAUCUAUAAAAUUAAAAUUUCAAUUUGAUAUCACAUCGAAAUUCUUAUUCUAAAGACCGAUAUGGACUAAAUUUCUAAUAUAUUUUAGUCAAAAUUAUUAUAAAUUUAGUUUCGAAUGGUCCAUAGAAAAGUAACUUCGAGAAUCCAUCAAAUUAAUAUAUUAAGUAAAGACAUAAGUUGGGAGAAAUGGUGCUUCAGAAUCGACCCAAGUGUCGCUUUGAAAUGUAUAGUAGAUUCAUAUAACAAAAAUGCGAUGACUCGUGGAUCUGUCUUACAAUUUGGCAAUAUGAUGGAAGUUGGAUUAUUUAUAGGCAUGUUUGAGGAAUGCUCGCCGGAAUAUUGCAUUUAUAUUUAAAUUUUUAUUGGUGUGUCGUAUUAUCAGAACGGUGCUACGGUGCAAUGAGAGAUAAAGUACAUCAAACUGUUUAUACUCUUAUAUAUUUCUGUGAUUUAAUAUAAAAAGUGAGUAUUUUAUACUUAUUAUAACUUCAGUACGUACUAUUUUUAAUAUUUUAUAACCGAUCAAAACCAAAUUUGUAUGUAUAGUGGUCUGCGGAGAGAAGGACAAUCUCGGCGUGGUUUUUUGUCUAUCAAAAUGGAAUAUAGGAUUUUAUUUUGUUAAGCACAUGAGUGACUUUUGUCGUGAGCCAAUGAGUAGUAAGUUGACAAGGCGAUUUCGCAGGCUUAUGAUAAUUUUGUUUUUAUAAUAUUUUAUAUACAUUGUGUUGUAUUUCAUUACAUUGUACCCACAUUUCCUCAACGCCAGUGUGGCUGCACUUUUAUCUCAAUUGUGAACAAAAGAUUUACGCUCCGAAUGUGCGCGGUGGGGCCACGCCUUUAUAGUGCAGUUGAAUCUCUCAUAGUGCCAGUCAUACAUAAACAAAUUUUAAACCAAGGCAAAAAUCAAUAUUAUGUAUUAAAUCUACAAGUGUCAUAUGAAAAAACGGGAUUUUAUUAAUGAUUAUAUAAGUAUAAUUUAUAUAUAAGUUUUAUUAUUUUAGGUAAUCAAAUAUUCACUGUGUAGCCUUGGCUUAACUUUAGUUUCUGUAGCGUAUGUGUAUCUAUUAAUAUGUUGAUUUUAUUAUUUAUAUUUAUUGGGAGUGUCCACGAAUCAAUUUGGUUAUGUAUACAACUUAAUGAUGAAAUCACAGAAUGCUUCCUUACAUUAAUUAGAUAGAAAACGUUGUUUUCUUAGGUAUUUAUAAUAAUAUAGUUAGUGAUGAAUUUGUGUACCGAUCCUCUCUAGGCUGAACAUUAUCCCCAUACUUAUAAAAAUCAUGACUACUCUGUAAUCGGUGAGUACCUAUUUGCAUAUAAAAAAGACUACGUAUUAAUUAGCGAUUUAUAUAAUAUUUAUAAGUAAGGGGGUACUUGAGAGAGAAUAAAGCAAACGUUACCCUGUACCCUUUUAAGUAUUCAACAUUGGAGUCGCCGAUUAUAAAGCCCAGUUAUGGUCACCGCCACGCGUAUAGUUAGACCCAGGAUUGAUUCUCUAUGGGUUUUAACAACAUAAAUUGCCUCUGAUCUGAAUGUUUUGUAUUAUGACCAUGAAUGGUUAUUAUACUGUUUUUUUGAUAUGCUUUAUCCUAGUUUGGGGACUAUCGAUUGAUACGUGUUAAUUUUUUUUUUUUUUUUUAUAAAUUAUCAAUAAUAGUCUUAUUGGAAAAUUCAAAUACGUGUCCGACUAUCAAGACCUCUUUAUAUUAUAUAUUACUACACUAUUCUUUCUUUUUCACACAAAAAUAUAAUAGAAAAUAUAAUAUGUACAUGUGAAGAGCCAUCUCCAAUGUUGAAUGCUUACAAGUCCAGGCUAUUUGUGGACGCAUCCCAAAUUUAUAGAUUCUACAGUCGUGUAGUUGAGGUUAGCUUUAUGCAUAUUUGGCGAUAAAUUAAUUUUUAGUUUUAAGAACGAACGAGUUUUAUAUUCCUGUAUUGUGAAAUGUCUAUCAUUUUACGUUGUGAUCAUGUGAGUGCAAAAUUAUUAUUUUUUUUUUAAAUUAUCUUUAAUCCAGUUUCGUUGACGAAUCGUCAAUUUAAGGGCAGCAGAAAUAAUAUCAAGUGUUUCGUUCUGCAUAGUCCAAGAGCAGUAUUUUUUAGAUGUAAUCUUUAUUAUUAUGAACUUUUUUUUUAUUAUUUUAACAUUUAUCAAUUUCGAUCGUUAGUUAAUUUCUAACAAUGAAAUAUUUAAUAAAGAAAUCACAAAAUUU